UUUAAGUACAAGCUUUUUUGACAUUUAAUUAGAUUAUUUUUCUUCAAUUUUAACUUCAUUAAAAAUGAUGCAUACCCCCUAUAUGAUUCAGCUGUGUCAAAAUUUAUUUAAUUCCCAAUUCAACAAAACACCUGAAGAAGAUGGAAUUCUUAUAGAAAUUUGUACAAAUUGGUUUAAUCAUGCCUUCAAUCAUUGCUCAAAAAUUUUAACAGUCAAACCUGGUUGCACAAAAUUAUGGAAUCGAAUUGUCAAUUUAAAGAAAUUAAUAUUUCAAGAAAAUGAAACAUCAUUGUUGAGUGAUAAAAUUCCAAUGCCAGUUCAUCCAGAUUUUUUAAGCAUUGCGAAUUGUCAAGAACUAUCUGAGAAAGUUAUUAAGGAUUAUAUUCAAUAUAUUCCUCGAUACAUGUCUGUAAUGAAGGAGAAUCAAAUUCUUUGGCAAUUCUUUUGGGAAAUCCUGCAAUUGGUUAUAAUUGUUAUGUGUCUUUUUUAUGUUAGAAGAUGGGUUAACAAGAAGAAUAGAUUAGUCAUUUGUAGGGGGAAACAAACUCAAUUAUUGGAAUUGCUAAACUGUGAAAAGGAUAUCAACAGGAUUCUUUAUGAAACAAAAUAUUUGUCUAUUGUUCCUGUUAUUAAUCCUCAAUUACUUCGAAUUGGAUGUCCAGUUAUUGGUUUGAGAAUUAAUAGAACACAGUUUGUUGAUAUUGAAAGGCUUUUUAUUGGUUCAGCGGUAAGAUCCUGUGAAAAUCCUUCAGAUGCAGAUGUUUCCUCAUCACAAGCUUCAAGAUUUUUUCAAGCAACAUCUGGUAAACAUUUGUUGGUUAUUAGCAUUGAUUUUGACAAAAUUAAGGAAGAUGAAAUUGAAACUAAGAAAUCUCCUAGAACUUCAUUUAUUCCUGUGGUACAAAAAUCUGAGAAAAAAAUGGGAAUCAGAAGAAAACAACUAUAA